ACUUUGCUGCAUUGUGCAUACGAGGGUAUUUAAAUGCAUCCUCUCCCUUACCCACUUUUGAUACUCCUUCUUUCUUCUUUCCGUCAAGAAAUCGCAAGACCAGACUCAAAAAUGAUUGAAGUGGACGUCUUCUGGAGCUUCUCCUUUGGGGCCGUGUUUGCAGCCAGCGCCGCAGGGUCCCUUAAGAACACCGACACCCCUUGGUACACACCCUCUUUCGUCUAUACCCUCCUCUUCCUCUCUCUCAUCUUUGCGCCCUCAGGUCUCUACCUCCUUUGGGACAACCCUGGCUGGGAGUCGAUGUUCGUCCUUGGCGACAAGAAUGAGAUCCAUGCGAUCUUGCCCACUGUCUUUGCCUUCACAAACGUUCUUCUCGGUAUCAUUGGAUACUAUAUUACCUACAGAGCAAUUCGAAAGCACCGACACGAGCCCCAGUUGAACAUGUCGGUUUUUAUGCCGAUGAUACACGCGUACACGAUCUUCUGUGCGAUCCUAGGACUGGGAUAUAACCGAUUCAUGUACCCGUCCGACUAUGUGGCCUGGAGGGCUGGCAUCGUUUACCCUUUGACCACAUUCUUCACGUCCAGGAUCUUGUUCACGCUCUUGGCCAUGGGUGUCGUACUGCUGCCUGCUGCAUACAUUCCGUGCUAUGUCUGGCUGAAGAACGAAACAUUGGUGACCCCAGGAGAUAAAUCGCGUCUCCUGAAUGCAUCUUUGUAUUAUAUUAUCCAGGGCAUGGUCGCCGUUACUGGAGUGUUUAGCACAUAUACCGUCUUGAACUAUGAAAGAAAUCCGAAGCUGUCCUUUGCCGACAACGUUUGGCAAUUGUUUGAUCAUGGCAACAUCCUCGACAGAAAUAGCGUGUGGUCGCCUCUCCUGGGCUUCUGGGUAGCUGAAAUCGCGGUCAUGUUCUUGGUUUUUGUGCCCAUCUACUUGGUCCCGACUGUCCGUGCAUCCGCCUCAAGACAAAAGUCACUCAAAACACAAUAAGAAGGCGUUAUCCGUGAUUGAGUAAUAAAUCGAUUGGUGCUUUGUCGCCAAGGAAUUGUGCAGUUUUUU